AUGAGAUCCUAUUCCCUUUUUUUGCAAUUUCUCUUUGCUAUUAGAGUUCUUGCCCAUGGCAGCGGACUUGAAUUUUAUAAGAAAGCAGCUUUGCUAUAUGGUUGUAAUUAUAUAAUGAGCUAUUCUGGUUACACUUUUUGUCCACCUUCUGACAAAACAUGUUUAUGUGCUAACAAAAAUUCGGUCGCUACCAUUGCAGGAUGUUUAGCUUACAAGAAUUCAAACACUUCAUAUUUGAUCAACCACUUUAUUCCUGAAUAUUGUCAUGAAUAUUAUGGAACUGAAUUGGAACCAGGCUGGUACGAUAAAGCAUUAGUAUACUUCAACAAUAAUGCAAGAAAUGCUUCUGAAGUAGCAGUUACUAAAACACCAAUCGAUUUCCCAAUUAGAUACGACCCCAAAGAUAUAGACAUGUACCAGACCAGUGCUCACAAAUAUUUCACCAACCUUGAUGACUCAGUUUGGUACGGGGUAUCAAUGUUUGGGUUCUGGCUAAUUGUUUUAGUCAUUGCGGCAAUCAGUCACUGGAGUAAGAUAUUAUUCCCUGGUUUCAUUAAGAAAAUGACUGGUCCUAUUUCCAACUUUUGGAGAAAAUAUAUUUCCACUCCAGCGUUAUGGGGUAAAAGAAAAUCUCAACUGAUGCCUGGUUUUAAAGUUCUUGAUAGCUUAAUUCCAACUAGAUAUGAGUUAAUCGUGAUUGCUUUGUUUUACAUCUUCACCAUAAUUAUACAUGCAGUUAUAUUGAAAGGAAUUGAAAACGAUCCUGUCUAUGGAUCGAAAUACCUGGCUGAAAUCAGAUACAUUGGUGAUAGAACUGGUAUCACUGGAACCAUCAUCAUGCCUUUAGUCAUCUUAUUUUCUGGGCGCAACAACUUCUUGUUAUGGGUUUGUGGAAUUAACAGUGCCACUUUCCUUUGUUACCAUAGACACCUUGCCAGAGUCAUGUUUAUGUUAGUUGCUAUCCAUUCAGUAACUUACUCUAUUUUUGAAGAAGAAUAUUAUUAUUCUGAUUUCAAACAACCUUGGUUUUACUGGGGUGUUAUAGCUACUGCUAUUGGUGGUUUAAUAUUGGCACAAAGCAUACUUUACCUCAGAAGAAAGUGGUAUGAAAUAUUUGUAGUUGUACAUAUAGUUUUUGCUGCUUUAUACGUUGCUGGUACUUGGAUACAUAUUGUUGAUUUGGGAUAUGGUGAUAUUUUAUAUCCAAGUGUUGCUGUUUGGUGUUUUGAUAGAUUGGUAAGAUUGUGUCGAUUGGCCUACUUUGGAUUCCCUGAACUGACUCUCACGUUGGUGGGCAAUGAAACAAUUAAAAUGAUAAUUCCUAAACCCAAACACUGGACAGCUGUCCCUGGUGGACAUGCAUUCGUUUAUUUCAUGAAACCGGCUUACUUUUGGCAAUCUCAUCCUUUCACAUUUACUAGUUUACCUGAGGAAGAUAAGCUUGUUAUGUAUAUCAAGCUCAAGGGCGGUGUAACCCACAGCUUAUACAAAUUAUUGAAUAAGUCCCCAGGUAAGACUAUGAUUAUGAGAGUCGGUGUUGAAGGUCCCUACGGUGAAGCUACACCAGCAAAAUAUUCUGACAAGGCUGUUUUCAUCGCUGGUGGUAAUGGGAUCCCUGGGGUUUAUUCAGAAAUUUUUGAUAUUGGUUUAAGAGCACCAAAGGAAAGUAAGCAGGUAUUAAAGUUAAUCUGGGUUAUAAGAGAAUACGCCUCUCUUACUUGGUUCCAUGAUGAACUCAUGAGGUUGAAAAAUACCAACAUUGACAUCACAGUUUAUGUUACAAGACCCGGAGAUAACUUAUGUAAAAUUGAGGAAUUAAGCACUCUGGAAAGUUCAAAAGAAGGGUCAGUUAAAUCUAAGCAAGGUACUAAACCUAAGGAAUCCGAAGGUGCAGAUCCUAUUGAACAAUUGAAAGAAGAGUUAUCGCACGUUCACUUUGAGCAAGGUAGACCAAAUCUUGAAAAAUUGAUUCAAGAUGAGGUUAAAGAAUCCGCUGGUUCGAUUUCGUUUGUAACCUGUGGUCACCCAGCUAUGGUCGACGAAGUUCGUUAUCAAUGUUGCAAAACUAUUGACAACCCAGAAAAGAAGAGAGUUGAUUACUAUGAGCAACUUCAAAUUUGGGCCUAA